AGUCGCGGUGUGGAAAGUCGAGUGGCAACAUGUGGAGUUUUUUGUGUCUAGUGUUCGUUAUUUUCAGAGUGGGAACUGCAGAUUUGGGUGGUUCUUGCGUUCAGCAGCUGACUUCACCAAUAGGACAUGCAGAAGGUCCUCACUGGGAUGGUCGACGAAAUAUUUUAUACUUCGUUAAUAUUCCAGAUGGGGAGGUUUAUGCCUACCAUUAUAACUCAAAAAUAUUAAAGAAGAUUACACUUAAUGGCAACGUAACACCAGUUGUGCCUUCCCGAAAAGAUCCCAAUCUCUUAAUGGUCGGUUUAAAUAGAUCUGUGGUGGCAGUCGAAUGGGACGGAAAAAAUAACCUGGGAGGUCAGCAAGUUCUUACUACACUGAGUCAACAAUUCCCAGAUAGCAGGUUAAAUGAUGGCAAGGCUGACAAACAAGGAAGGUUGUGGUGGGGAACCAUUGGACCUGAGGUAAAUUUGGUUGUCACCCCCGACCAAGGCCUCUUUUAUACCAUUACCAGAGAAAAUUUAAAUGACCCUAAAAUAGCAGUGCAGCCCGUGACGAAUAGUAAUGGUCUAGCAUGGAACAAGGCAAACAACAAAUUAUACUAUAUUGAUACGGCUACACUUAAAGUGGUGUCAUUUGACUACGACGACGCAAAAGGCACAAUUUCUUCUACGAAUAAGACUGUUUUUGAUCUUAGAUCAACUAAUAAUGUUACUGGUUUACCUGAUGGAAUGACAAUCGAUACAGAAGACAAUCUUUACAUCGCCUUGUUCGGAGGAGGUUCAGUAAUUAAAGUUAAUCCGGCAACUGGAAAACUUUUGAAGGUCAUAGCUAUUCCAUCUAGAGACGUAUCAUCUGUAACGUGGGGAGGUCCAAAUUUGGAUAUAUUAUUCGUCACCACGUCUAAUAGAAACUUAUCUCCUUCUGAAAGAAUUCAGUAUCCAGCUGCUGGUAGUGUAUUUGCUGUUACUGGUCUAAACUCCAAAGGGUUUGAAGCUAACACUGCAGAUAUUAUUGACGAAUUACCCAAAAAGAAGACUUUAUUAGAUACCAUAUUUAAUCCAGAUUUGCUUCUUAAUGAACCAACUAAAAAGAAAAUCGUUCAACCUCGACAGGAAAUUGGGGUGUGGGAUAUCGUAAUUAAUACAUUCCGCAAUUUUUUUCCCUAAUUCGAUUGUUAUAUUAUAAAUUCUUAUAAAUUGUGAUUUAUUUAUUGUUACAAAAAAUAUAUAAAAAAAUAUGUUAAAUAAUAAAUAAAUAUAUUUUAGU